GCUGCUGCUGGAGCUGCUGCUUGUUUGAACUCUGAGAGCCCGGGGUAUUGUAUGUUUAUUUUCUAAAGGAGACGAUUCAUAAUUUGUGAUGCUAUAAAUCCUGAGGUUUAUGGAAAGGAUUCAUGACUGUGUAAUGGAGUUUUGUUGCUUGGGUAACAUGCAGGAGAGGAUGACCCUUUUGAUAUCAGCUGCACUUUGGGCCCAUGAUUUGGAGAAGUGAAGAGGUUUGAUGGGAGUUGAAGGAGCUGCAGGUCCAGCUUCUUCCCCAUGCCAGCAAGGGUGCUGAAAAUAUAAAGAAGAAUAGACCGUUCAUUCCUGAUGGCUUUUAGUCUAUACUAACAUAUUGUUUGUGAUGGCAUCUGAGACUGAAAAGACCCAUGCUUUACUGCAGACUUGUAGCACUGAAUCUCUUAUUUCCAGCCUUGGUCUGGGGGUAUUUUGCCUUGUAGCUGACAGACUUCUUCAGUUUUCCACAAUUCAGCAAAAUGACUGGCUUCGCGCUCUCUCAGAUAAUGCAGUACACUGUAUGAUUGGCAUGUGGUCAUGGGCAGUAGUCAUUGGAAUCAAGAAGAGGACUGACUUCGGAGAAAUCAUUUUAGCUGGAUUUUUAGCAUCUGUUAUUGAUGUAGACCACUUUUUUCUAGCUGGAUCCCUAUCUUUAAAGGCCGCUUUGACUCUUCCACGAAGACCUUUCCUUCACUGUUCUUCUGUGAUACCUGUUGUGGUUCUGACCCUGAAAUUUACUAUGCACCUUUUCAAGCUCAAAGACUCAUGGUGCUUUCUUCCCUGGAUGUUAUUUAUAUCCUGGACUUCACACCAUAUCCGAGAUGGGAUUCGUCAUGGUUUGUGGAUAUGCCCAUUUGGAAAAACUUCUCCGUUGCCAUUCUGGCUUUAUGUAAUAAUCACAUCAUCUUUACCUCAUAUCUGUUCAUUCGUUAUGUAUUUAACAGGAACCAGACAAAUGAUGUCUUCAAAACAUGGAAUUCGUAUUGAUGUCUGAGGUAACCACACGGCAGUCGUAGAGAAGCAAAUGGCUCAGAUGAUGAUAAUUAAGAGUAGCCACCAUUAAAAUUAAUUUUUAAAAACACAGGUGUUUAUAUUAUUUAAUUAUUAUAAUUCUGCUCUUGCUCAGGAAGCAUGUACAACUUUAAAAAAAUUAUACUUUUUAUUAUUCUAUUUCUCUCUUCUAUGACAACUCUAGUGCAAUAUUAGAGUUUUAUUUAUUCCAUGAUAUAUUUUUAUUGGUUUUUUUUCUGUUUAUCUGGCAUUACUAGUAGUUCUGUUAGAUUAACAUCCUGUUAAUUUUCUGGAAAUACACCUGAAAUUUGUCCAUUUCUUAAUGAAAAACAGCUCAUAUUUUAGGAUAACUAAUUUUUAAAGUGUUAACAUUGUAUUUGGAUCCACAUUUUCUUGAGAUAUUGAAAUAGUGAAAUUGCCAAAUAAAUGAUAUGAAUCAUUUAACUGAACAAAUGUAUAGUUAAUGCUAAUAUGUAUUUAUUUUCAUAAAUGUUGAUCCUGACUGGUUUAAUUUGCAGAAUGCUUUAUGAGUUAUGAUUACUGGCAGAAUCUUCUUCAGAGCACUUGUGACACAUCAUUAUAAUAUCCAGUAACUAACAUUAGAUCUAGCUUAUUUCAGAAAUUAAUUUAGGAAAUAAUUAUUAAAACAUGUUAGCUAUAGUAACACUUUACUGAAGUUGUAUUUUUUUAGUAUCUCUAGCCUAGAAUCUUGUGUGUUAGUGUUUUAACUGUUUUGAAAAAAAAAACUAAAUUUAAUAUUUGUUAAUAAAUAACUUUAAUAAAAUAUUGAUACUUGGAUCAUAACCAUAACAUUUUAAUUCACGUAAAAAAAUAAUGACCAGGAAUGUCAUUUCAAAUGUAAAUUCCUGAAUGUACCAUCAAAAUUGUUUUAGUUGCUAUCAGUUUGUUUAUAUACUAUUCUAAAACACUUUACGAGUUAAAUUUUUUUUUUAUCAUCCUGAUACUGAAAGACAGGAUAUAUUUUUUUCAAAAUAAAUUUUUAGGAAAUUUGCUUUUUCCUUUCUUCUUUCAGGUUGAUCUUCUAUUAAAAUGAUUCCUCUUUAGUAAAGAAGGAAAAUUUAGUUGCUAUACAUCUUAAAUUUGCAGUUUCAUGUUACUUUGAUACUCAAGUCAGUGACCUAAAGGUACCUGCUUUUCUUUUGGCAUAUGUGCCAUCUGUUGUCUUCAGAUUUUCUUACAGUUUUGUGAUUUAUAAUGCUGGUGAUUGUUGUGCCUUAUUCUCUGAGGAAGGGUGGAGGGUUCAUAAAGCAAUGCCUUAUCCACAGCAGAUUUUUUUGUAUAUUAAGUUAAACAGAAUUCUGUAAAUUAUUAUGAAGCUUCAAGCUCUUUAGGGGAGUUUCUUUCCUUGUUAACAAAUUGCUUGCAAUUUAUUAUAUUUUCAAUUGAUUAGAUACUACAGUCUACUUAUUAUUUUUCAAGAGUAAUUAUUGUAUAAGUUUGGUUGGUAUAAUAGUAUUAUAUAGGGGGAUAAAUUUGAUUAGAGAUUUUUUUAAGUAUCCAACUUCAGAAAUACAUGGAAAUAAAGUCUGUAUCUUGUGUAGCAAUUCCUGACUAAAUUAUAAAACCUUUUCUACUUUUUCUUUCUUCAUAUUAAACAAAUAAAUAUCAUUAAAAUAUAGGGCCUUAUUUAAGAAUGCUACAUAGCAACCAGACACGGUGGCUCACACCUGUAAUCCCAGCACUUUGGGAGGCCAAGGCAGAUUGGUAACUUGAGGUCAGGAGUUCGAGACUAGCCUGGCCAACAUGGUGAAACCACGUUUCUACUAAAAAUACAAAAAUUAGCCAGAUGUGAUGGCACACACCUGUAGUCCCAGCUACUCGGGAGGCUGAGACAGAAAAUGGCUUGAACCUGGGAGGCAGAGGUUGCAGUGAGCUGAGAUGGGGCCACUGCACUCCAGCCUGGAUGACAGAGGGAAACUGUCUUUAAAAGUAAAAAUAAAAAAUAAAAUAAACAAGAAUGC